UGCAUCAGUAUACGAUUUAAAGCAUUUCUCUAGCUAGAUAUCAAAAGUGAAAGAACUUGUACAUUUUAAAAUUAAAUGAUAUGAUGUAUGGCAAUGCUAUUUAUUCUUCACGAUUUCGGAACAAUGGAUUCGAAUUCUGCAAGAAGGAAAGGAAUGAUGCAGCGUUGAAUGCAAAUAUUUUCAAAAUCACUUAGAAAUCUCCAAUUAUUGAAAUUAUCAGUUCGUUCUAUCACAUUUACAGAAAUCAUGAACGACAGAAAGAUAAACGCCAGCUCUUUAAGAACCAGAUCUGUUGUUAAAAAUAAAGUUUCUGCUACAACCGAUUCAGUAGAAAAUGAUACAGAUUCUGACUCUUCAGGACCAGUGAAACUUUUCUCUGUAGUUAGACAAAUAAAACCAUCAUUGCACAGGGAGAUAUCAAAAGAUGGGAAACCAAGACAAGUAAGAAAGCAGUCACGGAUUAGGAUUUACUGUGAUGAUGAUGAUGAAGAAGAAGAAGUACCACAGCAAAAGAACAAUAAUAAAUCACCUAGAAAGAGGAAACAAACUGAGAAUGAAACUGUAAAAGGCAGAAAAGCAAUUAAAACAGGAACUGAGAAACAAGCUAUUCAAGAUAUUGAAGAUAUAUGGCAGCCAGAAAAUUGGCGAGUUGUCUUGGAUAAUAUUCAAAAGAUGAGAAAGAUGUAUAAAGCACCUGUUGAUAGUUUAGGAUGUGAAGAGUGUCCUGAAAAAAAUGUGUCACCAAAGGUAUAUCGCUAUCAAACAUUAAUAUCUGUAAUGUUGUCGAGUCAAACUCGAGAUGAAGUUACUUUUGCUGCCACUGAGAGAUUAAUUGAACAUGGUUUAACCAUGGAAUCCAUACUGGCAACACCAGAUGAAAAAAUUAAAGACCUUAUUCAUCCAGUUGGAUUCUGUAAGUCUAAAGUCAGAUAUAUAAAGAAAGCAACACAGAUGAUAAAAGAUCAGUUUAAUGGAGAUAUUCCAAAGACAUUUGUAGAUUUGUUGAAGCUUCCUGGUGUUGGACCCAAAAUAGCUAACCUAGUGAUGAGUGUUGCAUGGAAGAAAACAGUUGGUAUAGCUGUUGAUACUCAUGUUCACAGAAUAUCAAAUAGGUUGGGAUGGGUUCCUAAACCUACUAAAGAACCAGAACAAACUCGAAAAGCAUUAGAAAAAUGGCUUCCAAAAGAACUGUGGAAGGAAAUCAGUCAAAAUUUAGUUGGAUUUGGUCAAACUAUUUGCAAACCCAUCAAUCCCAAGUGUGCAGACUGUUUGAACAAAAAUUUGUGCCCCUCCAGUACUUGCAAAGAAAAAUAAAUGUUUCAAUAUAUCAUAUGCAUAAUUUUCAGUUUGUAUAUUCUCUUGUAUUUUUGAAUUCUACUUUUAUUCAAAGAAGCAUUUCUUUCCAUUUAAAGUGUAAAUUAUUUCCACAGUUCAUAUUUGUAAAAGAAAAUAUGGUUCUUAAUUUUCAUUUGUAUUUUUGAAUUGUGUUUUUAUUCAAAGAAGCAUUUCCUUUCAUUUAAAAUGUAAACUGAUGUCAUAAUUCAUAAUUGUAAAAGAAAAUAAGUGUUUAGCUAGAUCAUGUUCAUAAUUUUCAGUUAGUAUUUUUGAAUUGUGUUUUUAUUCAAAGAAGCAUUUUCUUCCAUUUAAAAUGUAAACUGUUGUCAUUAUUCACAAUUGUAAAAGAAAAUAAGUGUUUAGCUAGAUCAUGUUCAUAAUUUUCAGUUUGUAUUUUUGAAUUGGGUUUUUAUUCAAAGAAGCAUAUCUUUUCAUUUAAAAUGUAAACUAUUGUUACAGUCCAUACUUGUAAAAGAAAAUAUGUGUUCAGCUAAAUCAUGUACUUAAUUUUCAUUUUCGGAUUAUGUUUUUAUUCAAAGAAGCAUUUACAAUGUAAAUUGUUGUCAUAAUUCAUAAUUGUAAAAGAAGAUAUGUGUUUAGCUAGAUCAUCUUCAUAAUUUUCAGUUUGUAUUUUUGAAUUGGGUUUUUAUUCAAAGAAGCAUAUCAUUUAAUUUAAAAUGUAAAUAGCUGGCAUGAUUAAUACUUGUAAAAGAAAAUAUGUGUUCAGCUAGAUCAUGUCCUUAAUUUUCAUUUGUAUUUUCGAAUUGUGUUUUUAUUUGAAGAAGCAUUUUCUUCCAUUUAAAAUGUAAACUGUUGUUAUAAUUCAUAAUUGUGAAAGAAAAUAAGUGUUUAGCUAGAUCAUGUUCAAGAUUUUCAAUUUGUAUAUUCUCUUGUAUUUUUGAACUGGGUUUUUAUGCAAAGAAACAUUUCCUUUCAUUUGAAAGGUAAAUUGCUGUCAUAAUUCAUUUAAAUAAAUGUAAACAUUUUUGAAAAAUAAA